UAUACAAAGGCAUUACUUUUGUUGGCGCUUUCCUUUUUGUCGGCAACGGGCUCUUGCGCCUGAAAUUUCCCAAAUGGAGUCCAAGCUUUUGACUGUGGUGGUUUUAAUGGCGAUUUUGAUGGCAGAAGGAGUGACGUCAUGGACCGGCGAAAUCCACGGCAGGGUGGUGUGCGACGUGUGCGCUGACUCCUCCAUCGGCCCCGAAGAUCACGUUUUAGCAGGUGCUGAGGUGGCAGUUCUCUGCAUAACAAAGUCUGGGGAAGUCCUAAACUACCAGGCUUUCACGGAUUCAAAUGGGAUAUACACGGUAGCUGAGACGAUGCCAGAGAGUGAGCGUUGGGAUGCCUGUCUAGCGAGGCCGAUCAGCAGCUUCCACAACCACUGCACGCAUCUGGGAGAUGGAAGUAAGGGUGUCAAGUUCAGUUACGAGCACCCCUCUGGCUAUUCUCAUGCUGUGAGACCUUUCGUCUAUCGCCCUGUCAAAGCUCCUGUGUACUGCAUUUAGGAACGGGGCAUUAUGCAAGAAAGAUGAGGUGGAGUUGUAUAUGUAUGGCAAUAUAAUUAUAUAGAUAUAUGUAACCACAUGCCAAGUAUGUUUGAGCACUGUUCGACUGAGAGCUGCCAAUUUUCACUGAGUUUUGCUUCUUUGAA